AUGUCCAUUUGUGCCUCUUCUCACAAGGAGUUUUCUCAGCUGUUACCUGUUCAAGACAUGGAUAUCAAAAACUCACCGUCUAGCCUUCACUCUCCCACCUCUUUCAACUGCAGUCAGCCUGUCCUACCCCUGGAGCAUGGCCCCCUUUAUAUUCCUUCCUCCUAUGUAGAGAGCCGCCAUGAAUACUCAGCCAUGACAUUCUAUAGCCCAGCUCUGGUGAACUACAGUCUUCCUGGCAAUGCUAAUAACUUGGAUGGUGGGCCUAGUCGACAGACCACAAGCCCAGAUGUGCUGUGGUCAGCUCCUGGACAUCUGUCUCCUUUGGCGAUCCAUUGCCAGUCGUCGCUUCUGUAUGCAGAGCCUCAGAAGAGUCCUUGGUGUGAAGCAAGAGCACUAGAGCACACCUUACCUUUAAACAGAGAGACGCUAAAAAGGAAGGUUAGUGGGAGCAGCUGCACCAGUCCUGUUUCCAGUUCAAGCUCAAAGAGGGAUGCUCACUUUUGUGCGGUGUGCAGCGAUUACGCAUCUGGGUAUCACUACGGAGUCUGGUCAUGUGAAGGAUGUAAGGCUUUUUUUAAAAGAAGCAUUCAAGGCCAUAAUGAUUAUAUUUGCCCAGCUACAAAUCAAUGUACCAUAGAUAAGAACCGGCGUAAAAGCUGCCAGGCCUGCCGCCUGCGGAAGUGCUAUGAAGUAGGGAUGGUGAAGUGUGGCUCCCGGAGAGAAAGGUGUGGGUACCGCAUAGUGAGAAGGCAGAGGAGUUCCAGCGAUCAGCUGCACGUCCUGAGCAAAGCCAAGAAACCUGGUGGGCACGUGGUCCGGGUGAAGGAGCUGCUGCUGAACGACCUGAGCCCGGAGCAGCUGGUGCUCACCCUGCAGGAGGCAGAGCCGCCCCAUGUGCUGGUGAGCCGCCCCAGCACGCCCUUCACCGAGGCCUCCAUGAUGAUGUCCCUCACCAAGCUGGCGGACAAGGAACUGGUGCACAUGAUCGGCUGGGCCAAGAAAAUUCCCGGCUUUGUGGAGCUCAGCCUGUUGGACCAAGUGAGGCUCUUGGAGAGCUGCUGGAUGGAGGUGUUGAUGGUGGGGCUGAUGUGGCGCUCGAUUGAUCACCCUGGGAAGCUCAUCUUUGCUCCAGACCUUGUUCUGGACAGGUCACCCGAAGACCCUCAUUCGCACGUUACACAGAUGAAGAGUGAUGCCCCAAGGGAUGAGGGGAAGUGCGUAGAAGGAAUUCUGGAAAUCUUUGACAUGCUCCUGGCAACAACUUCAAGGUUUCGUGAGUUAAAACUCCAGCACAAAGAGUAUCUCUGUGUCAAGGCCAUGAUCCUCCUCAACUCCAGUAUGUACCCGUUAUCUGCAGCCUCCCAGGAGACGGAGAGCAGUCGGAAGCUGACUCACCUUCUGAAUGCGGUGACUGAUGCCCUGGUCUGGGUCAUCGCCAAGAGCGGCAUCUCCUCCCAGCAACAGUCCGUCCGCCUGGCCAACCUGCUGAUGCUCCUCUCCCAUGUCAGGCACAUCAGUAACAAGGGCAUGGAACAUCUGCUCAGCAUGAAGUGCAAAAACGUGGUUCCAGUGUAUGAUUUGCUGCUGGAGAUGCUGAAUGCCCACACGCUUCGCGGGUACAAGUCCUCUGUCUCAGGCUCCGAAGGCAGCUCAGCAGAGGACGGUAAGAGCCAAGAGAGCUCCCAGAACCCACAGACUCCAUAA